GGAGGAGAAGUGAGACAACGAGUGGAAAGUCAAGAGCAAAUGCUGGAGAGGACCGUGAGGGAGUCCUCAGUCAAGGCAAACAUACUCAUCUGCAAAACACACAGGGGUCUUGUCAUUGUAGAACAGCUGACUGCUCCUGGUGGAAGAUGGGCCUCUUACUCCCAGCAGUGCUGCUCUCAGGUGUCCUCUCCACCACGCUCUCCACCCCGAUAGACUGGAGCAACCUUCUGGAAGCCACGACUUACCUGAAGCGUUACGGCUACUUGCACACCUCGCUGGAGGCAAAAGAGCACAGCUAUGGGCCAGAGGACAUUACAGAGCCUCUCAGGGUCUUCCAGAAGGCAGCAAACCUCCCCCUGACCGGAAACUUUGACAAUGGAACAGCAGCGAUGAUGAAAAGGCCUCGUUGUGGUCUGCAAGACCCUUUUACCCAGAAGACUCACAAAUACCGUGUGAUAGGCCGUUGGCGGAAGAAGGACCUGACAUACCGUAUAUAUAACUACACACCCGAUAUGGGUCAGGCUCAAACCCGCGCAGCUGUCCGGACCGCUUUUAAAUACUGGAGUGACGUUGCUCCCCUGAAAUUCCGAGAGGUGACAGACGGGAGAGCCGACAUCAAGAUCUCAUUCCAUAAGAAAGAGGGAUCAUGUCCGGCUGCAUUCGACGGGUUAGGUGGCGUGCUGGCCCAUGCUGACGCCCCAGAGUCGGGCAUAGUGCACUUCGACGAGGACGAGUUCUGGACAGAGGGCAAGCACGACGGCACCAACCUGCGCAUUGUCGCCGCCCACGAGAUCGGCCACGCCCUGGGGCUGGGCCACUCCCAGUAUAGCAGUGCCCUCAUGGGUCCCAUCUACAGCGGUUACCGUAGCAACUUCAAGCUGCACCCUGACGACGUGAUAGGCAUCCAGGUCCUUUAUGGCCGGCCAACCACUCCCAAUUCCCCAAGCCACUCGUCAGGGGGUCAAGGGAAACCUCCGGAUCCCUGUACGGUCAGCCUGGAUGCCAUCAUGCUAGGUCCCCUACGAAAGACAUAUGCCUUCAGUGGGGAGUAUGUAUGGACAGUGUCAGACAAGGGCUACAACGCCCCCGUCAAAACUAUCCUGCUAUGGAAGGGUCUCCCUGGCAACCUCGACGCCACCGUCCACUCCCAGAGAACCGGCAAGACCUACUUCCUGAAAGGUGACAAAGUGUGGAGGUACACCAACUUCCAGCUUGACAGUGGCUUCCCCAAAAAACUGAACAGAAUUCCCCCAAACAUCGAUGCCGCUUUGUACCUUGAAGCCACCAAGAAACUUGUUUUCUUUAAGGGCUCUGAGCACUGGCAGUGGAAUGAGCUGGACAGUACUAGCCUCAACUCCUACCCCAGGCCCACCUCCCAGCUCUUCAAAGGCGUGCCCCCCAAACCUGACUCCGCCCUCACCUGGACCAAUGGCAGAGUCUACAUCUUCAAGGGCGAUCAAUAUUGGCGCAUUGGCAAGCAGAUGAGCGUGGAGAGUGGCUACCCACUGAGCAAGAGGGAGCGCUGGAUGAUGUGCGAUGACUGACGUCACGGACGAAUGACAUCAGGACAGCGGUGAUGCUGAUAAUUCAAUGCGUGGGGAGGGGCGCCAGGAGGCGGGAUCAGGCAUAAGCUCAAGCCUCAUUGGACAUUUAACAGCAGAAACCUGAAUGCACUACACACAUCUCAGUGCAGUGCACUUGCUAUUAAAGAAACAAAGGCCCAUAGUAACGUUAUCUGUCCCCGUGGGACAUGGCAAUGCGUUCUGUAUGGUCCUGUGACAUUAGCAACCAAGCAAUUAAAGAAAAACAAUAAAGUAUGCUGAUGCCAUUGUGUACAGCUGGUGGUCUGAG